UUCUCUUAUUUUUCUCUCUCCGCUGUCUGUCUCUCAACCUAAAAAUCGCUGUCUUUCGGUCUGCAUACCUAUCAUCAUCACCAUCCCUCUUUCUGAAAACUCUGUCAACAUGAGAGUGAGAGCCAAACUCCUGUGCUGUGCUCUAUGUGAUCACCACCACCACCCUCUUAAUUAAAUCUCUCUACUCUACCUGUAGCAAACGCACACAAGGUGAGUGAGUGAGUUACCCUUGCAUGAAUGAUAGUUUCACUGCCACACCCUCUUCAAUUCCUCUCCUCCCACCAUGGCCUUCCCUCCCUCUCACACUUUCAUGUUCCAAACCCACGAAGAUCAUGACCACCAACUCCAUCUCCGAUCAACCUCAACCACCUCUCUCAACGCCUUCCCCUCCUUCCCUCCCCAUCACUUUCAAGGUGCAGGUGCAGGUUUUAUGAUGAAGAGGUCGAUGUCGUUUUCAGGCAUAGAGAACAAGUGCGAUGAAGUGCAUGGAGACGACGAGUUGUCAGACGAUGGAUCUCAGCUUGGUGAGAAGAAGAAGAGGCUGAGUUUGGAGCAGGUGAAGGCACUUGAGAAGAGUUUUGAGUUAGGGAACAAGCUUGAGCCUGAGAGGAAAAUGCAGCUUGCCAAGGCCUUGGGGCUUCAGCCAAGGCAGAUUGCCAUAUGGUUCCAGAACAGGAGAGCAAGGUGGAAGACCAAGCAGCUUGAGAAGGAGUAUGAAGUGCUCAAGAAGCAGUUUGAAGCUGUCAAGGCUGAUAAUGACUCCCUCAAGGCUCAGAACCAGAAACUACAUGCAGAGUUACAAACUCUAAAAAGUAGGGAUUGCUGUGAAACCGGAACAACUAGCCUCAAAAAAGAAACUGAGGGUUCUUGGAGCAAUGGAAGCAACAACAGUUCAGACAUCAAUUUGGAUCUCUCAAGAACACCAGUGAUGAACAGUCCCGUGUCUUCUCAGAAUGGUAAAAACCUUCUUCCCACUUCCCUCAAGCCAAACAGCAUAACUCAACUCCUCCAAUGCUCUUCAAGAUCAGAUCUUCAAGAUGAGAGCUUCUGCAACAUGUUUCACAACAUUGAUGAGCAGCAGAAUUUUUGGCCCUGGCCUGAUCAGCAGCACCAGUUUCAUUAAAAUCAAAACCCGAAAUUGAUUUUGGACACUAAAAACGAUUUGAGGUUGAAACUUGAAAGUCAUCAUGAGGAGAAGUAAUUAAGUUCAUUAAUUAGCCUUAGCUCAACCUUCUUUUUUCCUUACCAGUUUUUCCAAUUUAUGUUUAUGAUGUAGAUUGGUGUAUAAAAAGUUUGAACACAUUUACUUAAGUCAUGAGGAAGUGGUGGACUUUGAGUAGUAGUGCAACUUCUUCCCUAUUUGUUUACCCA